AGCGGAGCGGAGCCGAUCCGCCGCCGGGAAGCGACGCCGGCGCGGGCGGCAUGGACUGAGCUGCCCGGGCGGGACGGGGCGCGGCGGCCGCUGCCUGCGAUGGACCAGGCAUGAUGGGGGCGCUCGGCUCCGUCCUCCCGCUGCUGCUGCUGCUGCUGCUGCUGCAGGUCCGAGCCGCCGCCCCAGCCGCCACCGCCGCCAGCUUCGGCUGCCUGUUUGAAGAUGACCUUUGCAAACCUUUUGAGAUCUGCAUAAAUGAUGGAGUGUUUGGGAGAUGUCAACGGGUGCCGGUGAUAGACGUAUAUAAAUACGAAGUUUCACCCCCCAUUCUUCAGCAUCUACGGAUCAUCUUAGAAAAGCUCUCACAAAGAGGUUUUACCUGGCAAGAUGAUUACACGCAACAUGUUAUUGCCCAGGAACUCUCAAGUAUUCAUAAAAUCCACAACUGGCAUCCUGAUGUCUUCUCAUCCGAGGGGUCCGACAUACCAAGGCUUUCAAAGCAGAUUGCUGAUAAUGAAAGGAAUUACGAGCUGGGAAAGGAUGUGAACUUGGCCAAGUCUCUUCAGCGAUAUCUUACAUACCUAGGUAUUCUCACCCAGUCUACCGCUCCAAAUUUAUACCCGAGGAUGAAGAAUGACAAGGCUUCUGUUAAGAAUACCAUCCAGCCUGAUCGUGUUACAUACUACAGGGUGCAAAAACCAAAAGAAAAAGCACCUUUUUUAACCCAUGCAGCAACAUCUCAUCAAACAUAUGCUGAAAAUCCCCCAGGGAGGGCCUUCAGCCCGCCUCAGCCAGACCUGUUCCCACCAGAGUCAGAAGCAGAGUUUGACAGAAAGACACUAAUAGCAGCACUAGAUGAGUACAUCACCCAAAAGAUGGCAGCACAAAACAAUGAUCAAAGCACCGUUGGGAGGACUAAAGGGCCUAGCCUUUAUGCUGAUAGGUUCCAUCCCUCUCACAGCGAUGGUUUUGAUGGAACUUUAGCUACGGAAGAGGCAGAAGAUUUUAGCAUGAAGCAGCUGUUGCGACUGAGGCCAGGUGCUGGAGAGCAAGGGUCAAAUUCAGAGAGGCUGAGUUAUAAAUUUGCUUUUCCCCAGGGAAAUCCAAAGGAUCCUCUGAGUACAGUGGAUGAAACAUUCAUCCAGGAUGUAUUGAAAGACCUGAAGAAACACAAGGUGAAUGUGGAUAAUCUUAGUCCACUGGAAUUGGAUGAGAUAGCUGAUAUUAUUGCUGAUGCCAUUCAAGUUGUUGACGUGGAAAAAGAAAAGGAAAAUGGAGUUGGAAAGGUUGAAGAAGCGAGGACAGAAGCAGAAGUCAAGGAAGUGGAUGCUCAAGGAGGAACAAGAAAGGAUGCCAAUGUUAGCAUUCAAGAUAAUGAAGUACAUGAAGGGGAUGCCAGACCUAAUAAAAAGGACAGUAGUACAAAACUACUGGACUUCUUGAAUGAGAACACAUUAACUGAAAAUCUGCCUGAAGAAUCUUUUAAGAAAAAAACCAAAAAAUCUGAAGAUCCUGAUUCUUCCUCCUCUUCCUCAGAAGAAGUAAAAGCUGGGGUUGAAAUUGUGAAGAGUGAAACCUUCUCAAGAGAACUGACACCAGAGAAAAAAGCUGAAUCUGAACCUGACUCCAAAGAGCUGACUGAGAUCCACUACUGGAUUAAGAAUGUUUUGAUGCAAGAUAAAAGCUCCAGUGAAGAACCUCAGAAACAGAAAGGAGAGGGCCUACAGCUAGAAGUGAAGUCUUCUGAAGAGGAAGAAUAUGGCUAUAUAGUAACAGAGAAAGACCAUCUGAGUGUGGAAAAGGGUUUGGAGUUAAUAAAGGAUGUGGCAGACCUCCUGAAGCUGCAGAUGAGUGCCUUUGAUGAUAUCAAUGUGAUGAAAGGAGCGGUGACCUUCAGAGUACACUCAAAUCUCCAAAACAUUUCCACUGCAGAUGUUACCAAAGCAGCAGCUGUCAACAAAGACAAGCUUGAAAAAGCAACUGGACUGAAAAUCCUGCAGACUGGCAUGGGGGAGAAAAGCAAACUGAGGCAUCUCCCUCAGCAAGCCGAGGAAGAAGACUCCACCAAAUUUAUCGUCCUCACUCUCCUCUCCAUCACCUGCAUUAUUGGGGUCCUAGUCGCUUCCGGGGUCAUCUACUGCCUCCGCCACCAGUCUCAUCACAAACUGAAAGAGAAGCUCUCCACUUUGGGCACAGAUGCCAGCUCCGAUGCCACUGCUGCUUAUCAGGAGCUGUGCCGUCAGCGCAUGGCUGUAAAAUCAUCUGAUCGGCCAGAACCGUUGCAUACAUCUCGCAUAAAUAGUGUCUCUUCGCAGUUCAGUGAUGGGCCCAUUCCCAGCCCAUCUGCUCGGAGCAGUACGUCAUCAUGGAGUGAAGAACCUGUUCAGUCUAACAUGGACAUUUCCACCGGUCACAUGAUUCUGUCCUAUAUGGAAGACCAUCUAAAGAAUAAGAAUCGUCUGGAAAAAGAGUGGGAAGCUCUUUGUGCUUAUCAAGCUGAACCCAAUGUUGCUACCAUUGGACAGAAGGAAGAGAACAUUCAAAAGAAUCGCUCUGAAACUGUAGUACCAUAUGAUCAUUCCAGGAUAUUCUUGAAAGCUGAAAAUAGUCACGACAACUCAGACUACAUCAAUGCCAGUCCAAUUAUGGACCAUGACCCCAGGAACCCAGCAUAUAUUGCUGCUCAGGGCCCUCUUCCUGCUACUGUUGCUGACUUCUGGCAGAUGGUCUGGGAGAACGGCUGUGUCGUUAUUGUCAUGCUGACACCCCUUACUGAAAAUGGAGUCAAGCAGUGCUACCACUAUUGGCCAGAUGAAGGGUCAAAUCUCUACCACAUAUAUGAGGUAAAUCUGGUCUCUGAGCACAUCUGGUGUGAGGAUUUCCUUGUGAGGAGCUUCUACCUGAAAAACCUCCAAACCAAUGAGACCCGAACCGUGACGCAGUUCCAUUUCCUGAGCUGGAACGACCAGAAGGCUCCUGCUUCCACAAGAUCACUUCUAGAUUUUCGCAGAAAAGUAAACAAGUGCUACAGGGGUCGUUCUUGUCCUGUAAUUGUUCACUGCAGUGAUGGUGCAGGAAGAAGUGGAACCUACAUUCUAAUUGACAUGGUUCUCAAUAAAAUGGCCAAAGGUGCUAAAGAGAUUGAUAUUGCUGCUACCCUGGAACACUUGAGGGACCAGAGACCAGGCAUGGUCCAGACAAAGGAGCAGUUUGAGUUUGCAUUGACAGCGGUUGCAGAGGAAGUGAAUGCAAUACUCAAGGCACUUCCACAAUGAGCAAUUCAGUCUCCUUGAGGUUCCCUGAAGAUCCAUCCCUCAUUUCCUUAUCCUCAGUCCAUGUGAAUGUUGUUGGAAACCAUGACCUGACAUUAACUGUGUAUCUUCUAUUGUAACCACAUAGUAAUAGGGUCCUUACAAAUUUCUUUAGCCAGUAAAAGUUCAACAGUUAAAAUGUGUAUUCUGUAUUUUGUUUUCUUAAACUAAAAAAAAAAAAAGAUACAUUGAAGCCUCGGAUUAAGUGACAGAACGUUCUAUCAAAAUCGUUUCACAUCCUCGGAGCUCUGAAUUUCACACUUUGAAAGCACACAUUCAUGUUCUUAAUAGCAAAUAUACAGUAUUGUGGGUAAUUAGUGCAGUCAAUAUAGUCUCAGAAAACAGUGUUCUGUUAUUUUUUGUAACUUCUCAAAGACUGAAUCAGAAGGGUAGGGGACCUGAAAAGGAUUGUGAUUAUUCACACACAGUGUCAAACAAGAGCAUGAAACAAUGCUGAGGGUGUUAGUAAACACAAGUCCAGCCUCCUGUAUAAAGAGCUGGCACCUCUUCAUGCUGGGCUUUGGCAAGCAAAUGUUUUCUUAACUGUUGUUUACUUUUCAAUUUUGCAAUGAAUGGAAGAAAAUCUUAGCACUGAGUAAAUAGGCCUGCACAGUUAGUGCAUCCGAGGAGAACAAGUUGGUCACAUUAAUGGGAACCCAAGUUAUAAAGAGCAAAGCAAUUCUUAUUGUGCACCAUUGACCUAACCAAAAAUGAGAGGAAAAGCCCUAAGCUCAAGAACUGCGUUAUAGGCCCCUGUUAGCAGCCCGGUGAAUGCUCCGAAUUUUUAGAGAAACAGUUUGUUGAUUUUACAGGACUACUGGGGAGGACAUUUAAGCUCUUUUCGUUGUAUUUUUGCAUUAUUUUUUCCUUCUAAACCAGUGCUAUGCCAGUCUGUUUAGGCCAGAAGAGAUAUUUCUGUAAAUGCCUCCAAGGCAUUCGUGGCUGAAGCAACAGUUUUCAAUCUACACAGUAUGAUUCACGUUGAGUUUGUCUCUAUCCAGACAUUGGUUCCAUUUUUUUUUUUGCAAUGUUUCUGUUUUUUCUCCCAUUCAAAGUGAUACAUAUUUUAGCCAAUUACUAUGGGAUGAAGAAACGUGGGGGUAGAAUGUCCAAGAUUCUUGUGUUCUAAAUCCCUACCCCUACUGCCGCAGCGAUGCUAAAAUAUGUCUGUAAAUGGUUUUGUGUGUAAUUGCUGCUUAAGCACAUCCAUAUUUUUGGUUGAUUCAUUCUUUUAAAGGGAAUGAAAACUGCUGAUGGAUAACACUUUGCUUAUUUGAAUGCAAGAAUUACGGGUAAAAUUUUCAAAUGGACUCCUAUUUCCAAGAGUAUCUUUGAAUGAGGUUUAGGUUUUUAACAGUCUAAUUCCCUUUUGGAAAUAGUACUGAGGUGCUUUUGAAAAUUUUACCCCUGUGUCUAGUUUAAGUUUAUAUUUUUUCUAAAAUUACCUGAAAAUGUUGUAUGCUUGUAAUAUGUGCCAGGUUAAAAGUUUGAUUUCAUCAUUGCAAAACAUAUCAGUGGUUUUAAUUUUAAGGUCUUUUAUAGAUUUCUAUUCAAAGAAGAGUUAAAAAUAACAUGGCAGAGUUUUGCUAGAACAGGGCUAAAGUCACCUAUUGGAAUCAAUUACCAUGUCUUAAUUUUGUGUUGUAGGCAUUGAUAUUUGGUGAUUUCUUCUUAUCAAUUAAAGAGUUAUUUCAAAAAGCACCAGAUGUGUUACUUCUUACAUAUAUUUUUGUAUGCUCUUCUUGGUACAUGUUCUUGCUUAAUUUGUAUACCCCAUUACCACGGCAGUGCAAAGCAGUUACUGCAGAUGCCAUCAUCCUCUUAAGUACACAUGCUGUACAUUAAGCCACAUGUUUAUUUUAUAGCAUAAGCAUUUUAGAGCUUUCCUAGCAAUAACUAAAAAAACUAAUGGGGUAUGAAUGAGAAAAUUGCCUUUUUCAUUUGAUAAUUUAGGUUUAACAGGAUUCUUUUAUUACUUCAGCUAACACAGAAUUGCAGAUCAGGGGAGAUUAAAUCUGUUUGAACAAUAUCUGCAAGUGUUUGAAUUAGAUUUACUGUGGAAACAGCAUGCAGCAGCUUUCUAAAAACACAUGUAGCUACAUCCAAAUACUCCUUCCAGCGAUUCAGACUUGGUACAUCAUGUAUGUCACCUUCCCAUUGCCAAAUAGAAUGGCCUCAUACUGCAGGGACUCUGUUGGUACUGACUGCCAAGUACCUUUGGGGUUUAGGUCCUUGUACUGCGAUUUAUCGAUAGCCUCAAAAGUUCUUACUGUCCCAUUGACCCCCCCCCCAACAAAUAAGGUCAACAGUCCUCAGUUCAUCCAGCUUUUGUAAAGCACCACAUGAGCCUUUUCCAAAACGUUACAACUUUUGUUUAACAUGCUAAAAUCCACUUUUUUUUAAGCCAAUUCCUUCAUAAAUAUUUAAUCAUGUUUCAGGUUAAUAACAUAUGGUUGACACCUAUUGAUUCAGAAGUACCUAAAUAUUGAGCUAAAAUACUGGCCCUCAUGUUCAAGAGUUUAUCUAGCUCAUACUUAUAGAAAAUCCCUAUGAAAAGUGAAAAAAGAUUGAAAUUAAGCCAAGGGCUAAGAGAAGCCCACUCAUCACUGCUGAGAUCUAGUGAGAGGGCUGGGGCAUGCUAAACUGAGCACAGAAUUGUACUAUUUCUGUAGGCUUGUAGAUCAGAAUAUAGUUUUUUGUUAAUUUGAUAGUAUAGGAUGGCUUAAACUACAGAAAGAGGCAUUGUUUAGAUUGAGAGUACCUGAAUUUUAAACCCUAUUGGUUUAAUCUUUAAUAAAUAUUGUAGGAUUUUUCCAUAAAGUCAGGAAGUCACUAUGACCUUGAAAGCAGGAUUCACCUUCUAGCUGUCUAAAGACCAUUGCGUAGCAUUAAAAGGUCGUCAGAUUUGCUGGUUUUCCCUAUUCAGAGCCAUCCGAAGGAAUUCAGUUUGUGUAGGAAGUGUUGACAACUAAUCCUCAUAAACCUUUGGCAAAAAGAAUUCUAUUUCCUAUAGUCAUAAUAGAGACUGGACAUACCAGCAAAAAGUGUGUUUCUUUCCCAUUGAGUUAAAUUGCAAUGUCAUGUCUUUCCACUCCAAAGGAGAUUCCAAACUACCUGAUACAAUCUGGAAUCUCAGAAUGGGAAGCGUCGCUUAUUUUUCAGGCCGAGUACUUCCUUAUGCCUUUGGUAACAGUUCACUUAAUCCAAAUAACUUUGCAAUCAUUUUCCUACAUGCGUACACCUCAACUGCACCUCUUGCCCAGACUUCAUUGCUGCCACAAUUCAUCAGCACAUCUAGUAGCCUAGGGCUUUGGUGUGCGUAUUUUGAUUCCAUUUAAGAAAGGGCUCACCUUGGGCCUGUUCCAACAAAACAUCUGCCGUAGGGGAAGAUAGAAUACUAUAAACUUCUGGUCUCAAUAUUUUGUAAAGCAGCCAGAUCAUCGCAAAAAACAAUUGUCCGACAUUGAAAUUUGGGCUAGCAUCUGACUUGUAGGAGUUUACGAAUGAACAGUGAAUAUUUAAUAAUGACACUGGCCAUUGCCUUAAUAAAAAAAAUCCAAUUUACAGAUGCUAUUUGUUCAUUUGAAACUUUAAUUGCCAAGAAUCUAAUAGGAAAAGUGAAGAAAGAUUGAAAUUAAGCCAAGGACUAAGAGAAGCCCACUCAUCAAUGCUAAGAUUUAGGGAGAGGGCUGGGGCAUGUUAAACACCCCUACAUUUUCCAGGUAUGCCACAGAAAGAGAGACCAUUAGGCUGGAAACAUCUUCAUAAAGGCUGUAGGUGCUAAACAUGCUGCAGUCUGGAGUAGCAACACUGAAGUAACAAUGCUAUGACUUGCCACAUGGCAAGAUUCUGAGAGCCAAAGUUUCAUUCCCACUGGUUGCCUAAACAUAGUUGCCUAAAGCCCACUGCUUAAAGUGAAACCCUGGCUCUACUGAAGUCAAGAGGAGUUUUGCCUUUGAUUUCAUAGAAAUUAACAUUUCCCAUGAGCUUUAUCUAACAGUUUUGAAUUGGAUCGUGGCCAGGCUGAAUUUUAGCAAAGCAUCCAGUUCACAAAUCUAGUUCAGGAGCAAAACAAGGCACACACUACUUGCAGUUGUUAUGAAAAAGCUAAAAAGAAAAAGAAAAAAAAUCCACAUCACAAUAACCCUGACUCUAACUCUCUCAAAUACACGCAUACAAAAUCCUAGCACAUCCCCCAGGGAAAUGACAGCAAUAUUACCUAUAAUUUGUGAGUCUGUGCUUUAUUAAUCAAGUAGAACAUUAAUAAAACCCAACCCAUUUAUAAUUAGUGGAAUAGGCAUUCAUUUAAGAAAACUGUUUAUUGGAAUAGAAAACAAGGAUUUGAUUAGCUUUGUUACAGAACAAUAGCUCUCUUAAUUUUCAUCCUGCAUAUUUGUUUAGGAUACAGUCUUAGGAAGCAGUUGUGAUAAUUCACUUUUUAAAAUUGUACAGUUUCUAUGAUUUUUUGCUUUUUAACUGGGAGUACUCUUUGUAUAUUUGAUUAUUAUAUUUUUCUGUUAAAGUAACAUUGGACAUGUGAAAAGUUUUUCCCCACUAUUGUGUAAAGAAAGAAAUAAUGUUGGUUUAUUGUAAAAAAAAUAAAAAUUAAAAAAAUUAAAAAAAAUUAUUUUUAUAUAUAUAUAUAUAUAUAUAUAUAUAUAUAUAUAUAUAUAUAUAUAUAUAUAUAUAUAUAUAUAAAACAAAAAAAUACAAAGCCUUGGCAUACUGAGUCUAGUCAGAGCAUGAUGCUUUUUCCACUACUCUUCAUUUUCAUUAAAAUAAAAAUAAAGAUACACCAGCAAGCUCUCAUUUGAAGAUGUUCUGAUGCAUGCUGUUUGUGCUGUAUUUGGUGGCAUAAUGAUGUUUUGUUUCUUUCUUGUUCAUUCAGUUCUAUUAGAUUCUUUAUAUGUAUAUAAUUAAAACAAAAAAGAUUAUACAAAGUAUUUUGUUCUACCUCUGUAAAAAUCACAUUUGUGAAUAAAGUCACAUUGUCUGUGGAGUAUUAUGAA